AUGUCUCUGAAUGGAACUAAGAAGCCUGUGAUCGCCGUGGUGGGUGCAGGCCCAGGCAUGGGUGAAGCCAUCGCCCGACGCUUCGUAGCCGAAGGCUUUGCAGUCGCUCUACUAGCCAGGACAGAGGAAAAGCUCCAAACAAUGGCACAAGGUAUAGAUAAGGAUUAUGGGAAAGACACAGCACAGUACUACAUCACAGACCUUCGAGUCGAAGAAUCAGUCAGCUCGAGUUUCCGCAAGAUUCGCAAUGAGCUAGGACCCGUCAACGUGCUCGUCUACAACGCAGGUGCUCGAAGAGUCAACGGCAGAUCAAUCCUGGAUACAACGAGUGAAGAGUUUGAGAAUUUCACCAAGAUCAACCUCUUCGGGGCUUUUUGGUCUACGAAGUGCGUUCUUCCUGACAUGCUAGCUGCUGGGAAGGGCACCAUUCUCUUCACGGGUGCUACAGGGGCUCUGAGAGGGACUCCUGGCCUAUCGAGCUUCAGCCCAGGAAAGUUUGGUCUAAGGUCUUUGUGUCAAGUCAUCACACGAGAAUAUCAAGCGCAAGGAAUACAUGCAGCACACAUCAUUAUUGAUGCUCCCGUUGAUGGGAAGUUAAUUGGUGGCGUGAGAAGGAGGCAAUGGGCGCGAGAGGAUGCGAAGGAGAAACUUGAGGACAUUGAUGCGCACCUUCUUCAGCCUGCGGACCUGGCGCACACGUAUUGGUUUCUGCAUACUCAGCCGAGGAGUGCAUGGACGCAUGAACUGGAUGCGCGACCUAUGAAGGAGCAGAUGUUUUCAAAACUCUAG